AACUCUGAACUUUGUACUUUAACCACACAAUAAUUUAUACAAGAGACAAGAAAAGAUACAUCUCCUACAUUGUGCUAACACUGUCAGCCUUUGUUGCGCUAACAGGCCUACACCACGGGGAACAAUGGAAGCCAGUCCCUCGAGCUCGUCUGAGGCGACCAGCCGGAGCUCCUCAGAUAUUGCUCUACACAUCCCUCCAACUUUCAUAAAGUCAGACAGUUUAUUAAACAUGCUCAAACGUGAGGAGAAUGAUGGAGAAGGUGGUGGUUUCCACACAAAGUACGAGCCCAGAGAGAUACUAGGAAGAGGGUUGUCGAGCACAGUACGUAAGUGCGUCUCCAGGGAGACGGGGCUCGAGUAUGCGGUAAAGAUCAUCGACAAGUCUCAAGAGGAGGCCAUUACUGAGUCCAUCCAGGCAGAGAUACAAGUCCUCAACACAGUACCUCCACACAAACACAUCAUUAAUCUUCAAGAUGUAUUCGAAUCUCCUGCGUUCAUCUUCAUGGUCUUCGAGCUUGCUACUGGGGGAGAGCUUUUCGACUACCUCACACAAAUGGUCAAGCUAUCAGAGAAAAAGACUAGACAAGUGAUGCAGCAGAUCUUACUAGCAGUGGACCACCUUCACUCUCACAAUGUGGUACACAGAGACUUGAAGCCUGAGAACGUUCUACUGGACGACCAACUGAGUGUGAAAAUCUCCGACUUUGGAUUCUCUGUCUUUAUUGAGGAAGAUGAAGAGUUGUCAGAGCUGUUGGGGACACCGGGAUACCUUGCUCCAGAGAUGAUCAGGAGAUCAGUGGAGACUGGGGCUCCGGGAUAUGGCAAAGAGAUCGACUUGUGGGCAUGUGGAGUCAUCAUGUACACCCUGCUCGUGGGUUUUCCCCCUUUCUGGCAUCGUAAGCAGCUAGUCAUGUUGAGGAGCAUAAUGGAGGGUCGAUACGAGUUCGUUAGUCCAGAGUGGGACGACAUUUCAGACCAAGCCAAGGACAUGAUUCGUAAACUCCUGGUGACGGACCCUGGACUCAGACUCACGGCCGAUGGUGCCCUCUCCCAUCCCUUCCUCCUCCAGAGGACACCUGUCGACUUUGUUGUGUUCUCAGCAAGGACCAAGUUCAGAGGUGUAGUGUUUGGCAUAAUGAGCUGUUUUGUUCUUCAAAAGAUGGGGAAGUCGCCCAAGACCAUCACUCUGGCCAGUAUAGGCUCUGUGCCAUACGAUAACCGGUUUGUACGCAGUCUUAUCGAUGGAUGCGCCUUCCACGUGUAUGGUCACUGGGUGAAGAGAGGGGAGGAGCAAAACAGAGCGGCUCUCUUUGAAACUGUCCCCAUUAAACUAUCUGCAGACUCUACUAACUCGUUAGAAGACUCGUUUAGUUUCUUAUUAGAUGAGACGGAUUCUCCGUCUAAUAAUAUGUUCAUCGUUUAAUUUCUGUUAAUUUUGAUCAAUCAGCAUUAUUAUUGUGAACUCUGUUUUGUGUAUAUACAUUAUUAUUAUGAAAGAG